AUGUACACUGGGAAUAACCGGAGGCACGAAGAAAACUGGCACUAUGACAAAUACAAGGAUCCGCACGAAUUCCCCAUUCUAGAUGUUUCCUCCGAUGAAGAGAGAUCCGAGUACGACUCGCAUACGGCAGAAUCCUCAGCAAACUUAUCCAAGAAACUCCCACAGAUUUCCGACGAGAAGUUCAAGCAGAUUUUGGAGCUUCGCAAACAGAGUAAAAAGCGGGGCAGGAAUUUGAUGCUAUCGAACAAAAUCAACGACCUCCCUCAACCGGCGGUCAGCGAUAAGUUGCCGAUUCAUGAGGAUGGAAAGGCAAACGAACCAGCACUCCGUAAUGCCACAACUGACGAGAAUUUACUGAGUGCUUCUACGCCUAAAGUGAACAAUACUGUGACUUUCAACGAAGAGUCGUCCUCUUCGAAAACUAAUAAAUCAAACAAGAAUAUUUCACAUUUGCUUCUCCAACAGGAGAAUGAGGCUGCAUCACCUAACGAUAAGAACUCCACUGAAAGUGGAAUAGAAAAACUGAUUGAGACUCUAGUGGAGCAGAUGCAGCAAAUAAAUAACCUCGAGGUUCAACUCAACAAAAGUAAGAUCCAGGUCGUUAACCUUGGAAGUAAAAUAGUGGUACUUGAAAAUGAGAACAGUAAGUUGGCCGGAAAGGCAGAGCAAUGGGAAGCUGAAAACAAGGAGGCCAGAAAUUACCAACAGAGUUUAAUGCAAGAAAUAGCAUACUUGCAGGAAGAAAUGGCAGAGUCCGAGAACAAAUACAAGUACUCUUUCAAUAAAUCGGCUAAGCUAGAUAGUGAUUUGAAGAAGGAGAAGUUACUAUUGAAGAAAGAGCGUGAUAUGCAUAAGAAGAUAAUUCAAAAUUAUGACUCGAAAUUCGAAAGUUUGCACGGCGAAAAAAUGCAAGCUUUAGACCUGGUGGAGGAAGAAAAAAACGAAACGGCAUUUUGGAAAAAGAAAUCGGGCAUGUUUGAAGAUGAGUGCAAACGAUUGGAAAAGAAAGGAAAGCAACUGGAAGAAGAGCAGGAGAACAAAAUUGGCAGUCUCGAGACAAAGAUUGAACAAAUAACUUCUGAAUGCGAAUUGCUAAGAGUAGAGAACGAUAAGCUUGCAAGGUACGAGGAGGACUAUAAAAGUCUGAAUCAAGAGCAUGAGCACCUCAAAAAGUCAAAGGACAAUCUACAAUCCAAGGUUGAUGAACUAUCGGAAAAGAACACCACCUUGAGCACGGGUAAUGUUACGCUUAAAGCUGAACUGACGACAAAACUCGAAAUAGUACAAAACGAGUUGGUAAAGGUGAAGGAAGAGAACUAUGAAUUGACUAUCAGCAACCAGUCACUCAAAUCCGAAAUCCAUAUUCUGAAUGAAAAGCAUGAAGAUUUCACAAAGAAGAUGCUGGGGGCGUCGCCAAUUACCGAUGAGCAAUUUGGAGCCCGCUAUAAAUCUCUUGAAAUGGAACAAGUGGAUCAAUUGACGUUAAUGGAAUUGCAGAACAUUGUCAAAAACAUUUUGAGCUCUCUCAAUAUCAAGUACAGUGGUUUGAAAGGACACAUUGUCUUUAUCCGUGACCACAUUUUUGUGUUUUUCAACGAGAUGCAUAGCAUUCUGCAUAGUGAAAAACGUGGCAAUUCUGUCAUCAUUGAUCGCUCGAUCAAGUUGGAUACUUCCGACGAAGCCAAGAUGAAGGCGUGUAUGAAUUUGCUAAUCCAAGAUAUAAAGCAGCUGAAAGGUCUUUCCGGUUGA